AUGUCCCGGAACCCUCGCAGCCAAACUCCCUACCGACCAUAUGAGGAAUCGUCCAGUAGCUUCGCCACCCGCCCGUUGGCCCUCCCUACAUACCCGCCGUUGAGAGCUCACGGACACGAAGGAUAUGACUUUCGACGGCCAGUCAUGGCGACUUCGGUGACUCCUCAUGCCGAGGAAGUCAUAGAUCUCACGAACGAGCCGGACACGCCGCCCCAGCAUGCCCGACCAGAGCGACGGGCGUCCCGUCCGUCGAGGCCCCCGCGGUUUGGGCGAAACAUCAUCACCGACCUGGUGGACCUUGAGGAAGAUGAGCAUGAAGCGGAAGGACGUCAGGACACACCCAUCAAUCUUGAUCCUCCCAGCCCCGAGGAUGUGCAGUUCGUGAGAGCCAAUGUGCGGCCCCCGCCGCCGCCGCCGACGAGGAACCGGCCCUUCUCAGCGAGAUCAAGCCUGAGAGACUUUCUACGGAUGCGCGCGCCAGAUUUCCGUGGCCUGGCUCAUCUUCACCCACCACCGCCGUUGGAUAUGAUCUGGCUGGGUGAGGAACCCAGGGACGGACUCGACAGUGCCAUCAACCUUGACUUGGACGUCCCCUUCGGACUCAGCUUUCCCCCUCUGGUCAAUAAUCCACCACCGCGUUCUACCUACAAACCACCGAGUCCUCCCCCCCCUGGGUUCACCCGAAACGUCAAGGAGGAGGAUGUUGUUGUCUGUCCGAACUGUGACGCUGAGCUUGGGGUCGGAGAUGAGAUCAAGGCGCAGAUAUGGGUUGCGAAGCCAUGCGGCCAUGUGUACUGUGGAGAAUGCGCGAGGAAUCGAUCGUUGUCCAAGGCCAAAAAGGCCGUUACCAAGGUCAAGCCUUUCGCCAAGUGCCAGGUCGAGGACUGCGGAAAGCCAGUCAGCGCACCAAAGGCUAUGUUCCAAGUUUACUUGUGA